AGCUACUGGACUAGAGAAAUCCUAGCUUAAUGUGUCAGUACUCAGCGCCCACAAACCACAUAUCAAAAGUAGCUUUUAUACAAGUAAGUUAAACCGUCGAAACAAAAUGCUACCUCCAUGCCGACGCUCUUUCACCGCCACCACUCAUGCCGAUGACGGAAACGCCGUUCUCGAAGCUCCCGGAGGACGUCGUUUUAAAUAUAUUUUCGAAGCUCGAAGAGGAUCCCGCUAGCUGGGCAAGUCUUGCUUGUGUCUGCACCAGAUUCUCUUCUCUGAUUCUUAAUACCUGCUUGAAGCUUAAAUGUUCCAAAACCAUACCCGCCGUUUCCGCCGACCUUCUCUCCUCUUCCUCCGCCCCACCCGGCGGUUGGGCUUCUCUUCAUAAGCUGUCUGUCUGCUGUCCAGGCCUCCUUCACGCCGGUGUCCUUCUUGACAACUCUGAUUUCGGCCUCGAACGCGAGCUCGGCCCUGACGAGAAUUAUCAAAGGCCAGCUCAUUCGCAUCUCUCGACGCCGUCCGCUGACCCUAAUUCAAGCAAAACGGAAUGUAAUUCCAAUCCGAACAUGGAAACGGACGUUCCCGGAUCCGAUUGUCCCUGGUCACUUUUCGAUGAUCUGUAUUUCGACACCGUUUAUAACGCGUCCGAUUCGAUGGACAGCUCCCCAUCGGAAACUAUGGAUACCGCGACGAUCAAAACGGGGCGUGAAUUUCCCGUUUGUAAAAGAAGGAAGAUUUCAAGAUCCCUAAGGUCCCAUUUAGCAACCGGGGUUCGGAACUUAAGCCGAGAACAAGGGAACAAGCUAUUGGCGAGCCGGUUCCGAGGUGAUUGCUUAUACAUUUGCGAUUGGCCUGGGUGCGUCCACACGGAGGAGAAGCGAAACUACAUGCUGUUCAGAGGGGUUUUCAAGAAUUUCAAGAAAUCCCGUGUGUGGAGGACUAUAAACGACGGGAACCGAAGCAAGAUCGGUCUGGACUGCGCGUUUUGCUCGUGCAAGGAGACGUGGGAUUUGCACUCCGCCUUCUGUCUGAGGCGGGUUUUCGGGUACCAUGACGAUGGGGAGCCAGUUGUUCGAGCUUUUGUCUGUGAGAAUGGACAUGUUUCUGGUGCUUGGACUGAUUUGCCUUUGUACACUUGAACACCAAUUAUUUGCAGCUCCUCGAAACUAAAAGUAAGUUAUUUUUAUUUAUUGUAAUAAGAGGAAUUGGGAAUGUGAUAAGUAUUAUAUUUAGUAUUAUUGGGUUUGAGAUAUGGAUAUAUAUAUAUAUAUGGUUCCUUAA